AGCCCUAGACAAGCAGCUCCUUCUUUCUAUCUAUGCUAUAAAAUCUUCUGCGUUUUGCCUUCCCCAAUAACCCUGGUUCUGCGACUCGGAGAGAGAGAGAGAGAGAGGCAAUGGUUUCGCUCAAGCUCCAGAAGCGGCUGGCUGCCAGCGUGCUCAAGUGCGGGAGAGGGAAGGUCUGGCUCGACCCCAAUGAAAUCAACGAGAUCUCCAUGGCCAACUCCAGGCAAAACAUAAGGAAACUAGUGAAGGAUGGUUUCAUCAUAAGGAAACCAACAAAGAUCCACUCACGAUCUCGUGCUCGCAGAAUGAAAGAGGCCAAGAGAAAGGGACGCCAUUCUGGAUAUGGUAAACGCAAGGGAACUAGGGAGGCAAGAUUGCCAACAAAAAUUCUUUGGAUGAGGAGAAUGCGUGUGCUGAGGCGCUUGCUUCGCAAGUACAGGGAAUCAAAGAAGAUUGAUAAGCACAUGUACCAUGACAUGUACAUGAAGGUGAAAGGUAAUGUCUUCAAGAACAAGCGGGUGCUCAUGGAGAGUAUUCACAAGUCAAAGGCUGAGAAGGCAAGAGAAAAGACAUUAUCUGACCAAUUUGAGGCAAAGCGUGCUAAGAAUAAGGCAAGCAGGGAAAGAAAAAUAGCUCGCAGGGAGGAGAGAUUGGCUCAGGGACCUGGAGACCGAGCACCUGCCCCUGCACCUCAAGCUGCUGCUGGGGGACCUAAGAAAGCCAAGAAGUGAGACAGCUGAUACGUCUUGAUGAUUAAAAGUGCAGGAUCCAUGCAAGUCUAGUUUGUUUUCAGAACUAUUAUGUUUACUCUUUCACAGCCAAUUUUGUUUAUCAGAGUAUUAUCAGAUUUUCAAACUUAAGAAUGCGGAGUUACUUAAGGUUUUUGUUGAGUGACGGGUUUGUUGUUUGUGAUGAAUUGUUGAAUCAUCAAUUUUCCCUAUCAAGGGACUCUGGUCUGGUUUUGCAA